GAGCUCCACCACACACAAAAGCAUCUGACCAUGUCAAAUCAACAGCCGGCGCCGGCCAAGAAGCUGGGUCCUCAGCGGUCGACCAAGACUGCAUCAAAACUCAAACUCUUGCCAGCAGACAAUCUCGACGACGUGCGAGAGACAGAGUCCGGCAGAGAAGUUUAUUCCCAGCUUGAUCAAAUCAAGGGAACGACCGCCAGGAGAGAUGCAGAGCGUCUUGGCAAGGCGCAUCGGACGCGGUUACCGCGUGUGACGGCAUUCUGUACAGCAGGCUCCUACAAGAUGGAUGCGCUCUUCAAGUUCUUGCAAGCUCGGAAAUUGUCGCAUUAUACAAUGCCGAAACGUUUGGAUGAAUGCAUCUACUCGCCAUACGUCUACAAGGAUGCGGAUCCCUCACCGCCAGCAACGGCAGAUUUGCUGGGCCUGGGACAGGAUGACGAACUCGAUGCAACGGCCAUCUCAAAUUCAGAGCGUGUCAUCAGCGAAGUUUUCCUCUUCGACUAUGGCUGUGUCGUCCUCUGGGGCUUCUCUGAGGGCAAUGAAAAGCGCUUCCUCAAGGAGAUUGCCAAGUUUGAAGUCGAAAAGCUGCUUGAAGACGACGUCGAGAUUGAAGAGUUCAACUACUAUACCACAACGCAGUACACGUCUCGCAUCUACAAUGACUUUAUCACCUUGCGAGAUGGCAAAAACUACAUGAUCAAGCUCGCCAUCAGUCAUGCUAUUGCACAGUCUGUCAAAAUCUCUCUCUUCGAAGAACUUGUUGAUUCAACCAUCGAAGACACAAAGGACAUCCCACAAUCUAUUGCCGAGUCGGGCAAGGUCCACAUGUCGCGGAAAAAGAUUAUGAUGUCUGUGGGCGAGCUCUUCAUUCUACGCAUCAAUAUCAAUUUGUCUGGGUCGGUGCUUGAUUCGCCGGAGCUCUGCUGGUCAGAGCCCAAUCUGGAGCCAGUCUACAAAGCGGCGCGGUCGUACCUGGAGAUCAAUCAGCGUGUUACGCUCCUGAAUCAGCGUGUGCAAGUCAUCUCUGAUCUGCUGUCGAUGCUCAAGGAACAGAUGACACACUCACAGGGCGAGUACCUCGAGUACAUUGUCAUCAUCCUGAUUGCAGCAGAGAUUCUGAUUGCCAUCGUCAAUGUCAUUGUUGAUGUCAUGGCAGACUAGCACAUGUCUCCCCCUUCUUCUAGCGCCAUGCCUUGUUUGUAGCGACGGGCCUUUUCUGGUACAUUCUGUGCAUUCUUCAGCUAUGCGUCCUUUGCAAGGAUGUCUUCUACUGCCUUGACCUUGUGCUCCAUUGUCCCGUGCUUGUCAGUCCUCGUUCCAAUCCUGAUGUCUGUUGCACACCGAGGCACACCCAAUUCAUGCAACCGCUC